CUUGCGCUGUCACUCAUCCCGGGUCCUGUCCGAGCAGGAGGCGCCGCUCCGCCGGGGCCAGACACUCGCCCGUCGCCGGCCCAUGGACGCCGCGCUCCUGCUCGCCCUCGGGCUGCUGGCCCAGAGCCUGGGCCUGUCUUUGGAGCUCCCCGGACUGAGGAAGCCCAGCACCCUGUACCCCUGGCGCCGGGCGCCCGCGCUGGGCCGUGUGCGGAGAGCCUGGGUCAUCCCCCCCAUCAGUGUGUCUGAGAACCACAAGCGCCUCCCGUACCCACUGGUGCAGAUCAAGUCGGACAAGCAACAACUAGGCAGCGUCAUCUACAGCAUCCAGGGGCCGGGCGUGGACGAGGAGCCCCGGGGCGUCUUCUCCAUCGACAAGUUCACGGGGAAGGUGUCCCUGAACGCCAUGCUGGACCGGGAGAAGACAGACCGCUUCAGGCUAAGGGCCUUUGCUCUGGACCUGGGAGGAUCUGCCCUGGAGGAGCCCACGGACCUGGAGAUUGUGGUUGUGGAUCAGAACGACAACCGACCCGUCUUCCGGCAGGAGGUGUUCACGGGCCGGGUGCUGGAAGGCGCCGUCCCAGGCACCUACGUUACCAAGGCUGAGGCCACAGAUGCCGACGACCCAGAAACAGACAACGCGGCUCUGCGGUACUCCAUCCUGGAGCAAGGCGGCCCCCAGCUCUUCAGCAUCCACGAGCACACGGGGGAGAUCCGCACGGUGCAAGUGGGCCUGGACCGCGAGGUGGUCGCCGUGCACAAUCUGACCCUGCAGGUGGCGGACAUGUCCGGAGACGGUCUCACUGCCACUGCCUUGGCCAUCAUAACCCUGGAGGACGUCAAUGACAACGCCCCCGCGUUUACCAGGGAUGAGUUCUUCAUGGAGGCCACAGAGGCCAUCAGCGGAGUGGACGUGGGCCGGCUCCAGGUGGAGGACAGGGACCUGCCAGGCUCCCCGAACUGGGCGGCCAGGUUCACCAUCCUGGAGGGUGACCCCGAUGGGCAGUUCACUAUCCGCACGGACCCCAGGACCAACGAGGGCGUGCUGUCUGUGGUGAAGCCCCUGGACUAUGAGAGUUGUGAGCAGUAUGACCUCAAAGUGGCGGUGCAGAACGAGGCCCCCCUGCAGGCGACCGCCCCCAGAGCUGAGCGGGGCCAGGCCAGGGUCCACGUGCAGGUGCGGGAUGUCAACGAGGCGCCUGUGUUCCAGGAGAACCCUCUGCGGACCAGCCUGGCCGAGGGGGCGGCCGCAGGAACCCCCGUGGCCACCUUUGCUGCCCAAGACCCGGACACCCAGCAGCUGCAGAGACUCAGCUACUCCAAGGACUACGACCCUGAGGACUGGCUGCAGGUGGACGGAGCCACGGGCCAGGUCCAGACCCAGCGUGUGCUCAGCCCAGCGUCGCCCUUCCUCAAGGAUGGCUGGUACAGGGCCAUCAUCCUGGUCCACGACAAUGCCUCCCCGCCCUGCACAGCCACUGGGACCCUGUCCAUUGAGAUCCUGGAGGUCAACGACCAUGCCCCUGAGCUGUCCUCACCGUCUGGCAGCCUGUGCAGUGAGCCAGACCAGGGCGCCGGCCUUGUCUUGGGUGCUGUGGAUGAAGACCUGCCCCCACAUGGGGCCCCCUUCCACUUCCAGCUGAGUCCCAGGGUUCCAGAGCUGGCCCGGAACUGGAGUGUCAGCCAGGUUAACGUGAGCCACGCGCGCCUGCGGCUGAGACACCAGGUCCAGGAGGGGCUGCACCGCCUCAGCCUGCUGCUCCGGGACUCAGGGCAGCCGCCCCAGCAGCGUGAGCAGCUCCUGAACGUGACCGUGUGCCGCUGCGGCCAAGACGGCACCUGCCUGCCCGGGGCCAGUGCGCUGCGGUCAGGGGGUGCCGGCCUCAGUCUGGGUGCCCUGGUCAUUCUGCUGGCCAGCGUCAUCCUGCUGCUGUUGCUUGCGCUGCCCGUGGCCCUCGUCGCACGGUCCCGGCAGCGGUCGUGGGACAAGGGGCUUCUGCCGGGGCUGCAAGACGACCUCCGGGACAACAUCCUCAACUAUGAUGAGCAGGGGGGCGGGGAGGAGGACCAGGACGCCUACGACAUCAGCCAGCUGCGCCACCCGACAGGGACCUUGGGCACCCCUCUGGGACGCCCACUGCUGCGCCGCGAUGCCCCCUUUGGUCAAGCACGGCCCCCGCCGCCCCGUUUGCUGCCCACCAGCCCUGCCGACAUUGCCGACUUCAUCAAUGAUGGUUUGGAGGCUGCAGACAGUGACCCCAGCGUCCCACCCUACGACACGGCUCUCAUCUAUGACUACGAGGGGGGCGGCUCCGUGGCUGGGACAUUGAGCUCCAUCCUGUCCAGCCUGGGCGACGAGGACCAAGACUACACCUGCCUCCGGGACUGGGGACCCCGCUUCGCACGGCUGGCGGACUUGUACGGCCCCCCCUGAGGGCUGGAGCGAGGGCAGGACACAGUGGCCACCUGGGCCAGGGGAGGGGGCUUCCUGCUGGGGACCUGCACCCACGUUGCUGAGGGCACAAACACCUGGACACAGGGGACGAUGUCCUCCCAGUACAUGCAGUCUGACCACAGGGGCCCCACUGGACACACCAACACCUGGUCGUGUGGCCGGGAGACCCGGCUGACCUCUGUGGAGGCGGCCGAAGGGCAGCAUGCCUCUCCCAGGGGAGGACAGAGUCCCGGGGACAGAGCCUGGAGUGGAGUGGCCAGAAGGAAGUGUCCCGAGGGCCGACAGGCCUGCUGUCAGUCGCUUCCACGGGGGUCAGAUGCCCCACGCCCAGCUCAUCUCCCACCCACGAGGACCUCAUGUGUGUGAAAGGGAGCAGUGUGGGCAGACAUGAAUUAAAACAUGCUGACUCUCCAGCCUG